GUGUCAAAUCAGGACGCCCAAUUUUAGGAGUAGGAGCUCGAUUACAACGGAAUCGAAAUCAAAGUGACUCUUACGACAUCUGGGAGGCGGAGAAAAGCAAUUUGGAAUCAGCUGCCUGGAUCACAAGCAGAUCGACGCUGAAUCCGGAAUCGGAAAUCUGGCACACGAACAAACCCCCGAAGGAGGGUCCAGGCGAUGUGAGUUGGAGGGAUAGAGACAGCAAAAAGGUAAAUGACCAAAGAAUCCAAAGGAAAGACUGGGAUAAAAAGAAAGAUCUACCGAAAAUGAAGAAGGGUUGGGAACAUGAUGAUCGCUUUGAUACUGAUUAUAGAUAAAUUUUAGUUAACAACUUUAAGUAGUAACGGUUUAAGUGCUUAGGGAAAUCACAUUAUAGACUCUAGAUAAGGUACAAUUGCAUGAUUUUAUACUCUCGAAAUCACCAUUAAGCUGAAUUUAAUUUUUUAGUUUUUUAUAUAGCACAUCUACAGAGCAAGUGCAAAUAAUUUAAAAGGUGUUUUAUUUUUGCACUUUACUUUAUUGGGAGCUGCCACGCUGUAAUCUUUAAAACUAUGUAUCCCAAAAUGGGUUAGAAAAUUAUUUAAACUUUAAAUUAAUUAAACUAAAAAUUAUUAGCUUAGGUAAAAAUGAGUGCAUUUGAUUCUAAUUGUCAGGAAAUGAGUAGCUUUUAAGAUAAAUGUAAACAAUUUUCGAUUUUGAAGUCAACACCAACAAAAGUUGACCGUUAAGUUAUUGGCAGUUUCUUCGAGAAGGGGUGAGCAGCUCAAAGAAUACUUGCAGUAUGUAGAAAUAUGUAAUUUGUGCUCUAAGAUUAAUAAAAACGCGUACGUGUUUUACACCCAGCUAAACUAGUUUUGACUUCAUUUGAUAAGCCAGGACUGGAUUGAAUAUAUGAGCGAAAUUUUAGGUCUUGGCGAUGACUUUCCGGAUGAAAAUAUAUAAACAUGUUUUCCCACGAUUCUCAAAGAUAAUUUAACGUUGUUUCAACACCCUAAAAAUAUAAUAUUUAGCAUUUAAUUUUCCAAAUUAACGUUAUUUUGAUCGUAGGAUCGACUGAAAAAGUAUGCCAUCUUACUCAGAGUUUAUAAUGUUAUUAGAAUCAAAUCAAAUUAUUUUCAUCAAUUUACUACUAAGACCCAAUUUCUUUAUGUUAUUAUUGAUCAUAUUCUCAUCGUACAUGGAAAAUAUCGCUUGCAAUUAAAGUCUGGAGAAGGGCUGCUCCGGAAAUAAUGGCGUAACUAUUUCAAAUAUAUCUUCGGGUUUAGUCGCUGUAAAGCAGAGAAGUUUUAACAUAAUUGUUUAAACAACAAUUAAUAAAAUUUUUCUCAUAAUUUCAAUGCACUAUUUAUGGUAUUAAUGUUAAAUUUAAACCGCAUUUAAAAUCAAGGAUAAAACAUGUUCUACAGAAGAGCAUGCUACAUAUUUAUUAGAGAUGAGAAAGCCACUCUUAGCUGCUCACCCUGCGCUUGUACAUAAUUUAAUACCACAUAUAAACGACUGAAAAAAAAAAUAGUCUUUUAGUCCCAGAAAUUGUAACCCAUUUACAUGAUUAUAAAUUGUUUUUCAAUUAAUUAUAAUGUGGUAACAUAAAUUAAGUAUCUGUAGUUAUUAUUACAUUCGUGUAUAUGUAUAUUCGGAAUAUCGAGGUAAAAUUGGAAAACUCGAGAAAAUCGCUUUAGCAUAAUGUACUUACCAGUCUUAUGUAUGUAUUUUUUUACAUUUGGCAAUUCGGCGUAAACAUAUUUUCGUAAAAAUACGCUGAGCGUCUUCAAUUUUAUGAACCAAAUGGUUAUUUUAAAGUUAUAAUUCCAGUAUUUGGUAAAUAAUAUUACAUAUACGAUGUGUGUUCAACUCUCGGUUCAUUUAAUUCGAUGAACCAUGUAUCGGUUGAUCAUUUGUCAAUAUAUAUUUAAAUCUUUUUUAUAUACUAUUUCAAUUUACAACAUAGAACCAUGAACUAAGCAAAAUGCGUCCAUAAUUUUGGUAUCCUAAGAUUUUAAUUAACUUUUUAGUUCCAAAGUUUAAUCUUGCACAUGGCAUUCAUUUUAUUAAAUGAUCCGAAAUUUAUAUUCUAAACUUUGAUGAUGAUCUCUUCGGAAAAUGAUCCGUAUUGUUUCCUGUAUUAUUUAUCGAGGAUAUGCUAUUAGCUUCAAACCAAAAUAAAACCACGUCUUUUUUUCACUUUUUACUGGAUCUUAAAAUUGACUUAACCAGUUUGAUUGUAUCGAUUUUUAACAUAAGUGUGCUUUACUGUUAUAAAUAGUCUUUGACAACUAUGUACAAUAGUCAGAACGAACUAGAUCAGAACUGCUGUUUUAAGUAAAUUCAUACACGUUCGGGGUGGUAGUAGCCAUCCUGAACAAUACAAAUGUUUUGUAAACACUCUUAUAACUUACAAGAAAAAUGGGUGGAAAUGGAUAUUUAAAACGUAAUUCUAAGUUCAAAGCGAAAUAGAAUAAAUGUUAAAUUGACUUAAAGAUUGCGUGGAUUUAUUGUCGCAAUAUCGGUUUACGAAAUGAACAUUAAGCGAGAGCAACUGAUGUGUGUAUAUAUUUGUAAUCAUGUUAUAACUUUUCCUACGCCCAUUUUUUUGCAAGCUUUAUUUUAUACCGUAUUUAUAUCGUAAAUAUAUUUGAAGUAUAGUUAUAUACUCAAAUCAUAUUAGACAUAUAAUGGACAGGACAUAUGUUAUAGCUAAGUCUACUGUUGUCCAACAAUUGGAAAUUGGUGUUUGAAAACAAAUUUUAUAAACGAUAGGGGAGUUUAUAAGUUUAUACUUUUAUUUUGCGUUUAAACAUUUAUACUUGCAUGUGAGAAUAUAACGUGGACUAGACACCUCAAAUGACUUAAUAGUUUUUAAAUUGACAUUCAUUUUAUGAAUGACAUGAUAGUAAUCAUCUAUGUGAUAAGCCGAACUAGAUUAUAUAACGUAGUACAUAAAACCUAUGUAGCCAAUUGCCAUAAGUCUUUUAAUUAAAGGGAAAGUGAAA